AUGGGCCAACAAGCUUCCACCCCCCAACCCGGCAAACAAAUCCAAGUCAUCGGCGCCGGCCUCCCACGAACAGGCACAGCCUCCUUUAGCGCCGCUCUAUCUCACCUCCUGGACGGCCCCGUCUACCACGGCGGCACACAGACCACACUAGGCGACCCGAUCGAGAUUAAAUCAUUGAUUCAGAUUAUAAAUCUCUGGGUCAGCGCGUCGCCACAGGACAACAAGACCGCGCUCGCAAUGCUGAAAGAGCGACUGGAUGGAUACGUUGCCGUAACUGACUCGCCGUGUGCACAGUUCACACCCGAACUCCUGACUCUGUAUCCGGAUGCGAUCGUCGUCUGUACCGUACGGGACCCAGCCGCGUGGUAUAAGAGUAUGGGCCAGACAGCCGGGCUCGCGACCAUGUGGUUCCUCGGCGUCGUUCUACUACCGCUGCCCGGGAUGCGACACUUUACCAACUACAUCAGGGCCCUCACGGCGCAGUGGCUUCGGGUAUAUGGCAAGGACUGGCCGAGCGUCGAGCUGUACCAUCAACAUAUCCAGUGGCUGCAGGAUGUUGUGCCCGAGGAUCGACUGGUCUUCUUUGAUGUGAAGGAUGGGUGGGAGCCGCUGUGCAAGGCGCUGGGGAAGGAGGUUCCGGCUGAUCUACCGUUUCCAAAAGUCAACGACUCGGCGGCGAUUGAUAGGGUCGCAGAGUAUCAUGUUCGCCGGGGGCUUGUACGGUGGGCUAUGGGUGUUGUGGUGGUUGCUAUCGGUGCUGGCUGCGUCCUGGGGAUUGGGGGUCUUUGA